AUGUCUCCUGCAAUGGCACUAAAUGAGCAGAGGAGCAAGGAUGAUGCAGAAGAGCGAAGUCAAUAUGAGAAAGGAGUGAAGCAGCUGUGUGAGAAAGGUCAUAUUCAUGCGGUACCUAAGAAGUACAUACUUCCUGUUUCUGAGAGACCCACUAAGAGUGUGGAAGAUUCAAAGGUUGUGAACCAAAAUCUUCAAUUACCCAUCAUUGAUUUUUCAGAAUUGCUUGGUCCAAAUAGGCCCCAAGCGCUUCAAUCCCUAGCCAAUGCUUGUCAACAGUAUGGAUUUUUCCAGCUAGUAAAUCAUUGCAUCUCGGAUGAUGUUGUGAGGAGCAUGAUAGAUGUGAGUGGGAGGUUCUUUGAUCUUCCUUUGGAGGAGAGAGGCCAGUACAUGACAACUGAUAUGGCAGCACCGGUUCGAUGUGGGACUAGUUUCAGUCAAACCAAAGACAGUGUGUUGUGUUGGAGGGAUUUCUUGAAACUCCUGUGCCAUCCCUUACCAGAUUUCCUCCCCCAUUGGCCUGUUUCACCAGUGGACUUUCGGGAAGUGGUUGGAACCUACGCAGAAGAAACCAGACAUUUGUUUCUGGUGGUAAUGGAAGCGAUCCUAGAGGGUUUAGGAAUAGUGCAAAACGAGGAAGGAGAGGAGGAGAGUGUUGUGAAGGAGUUUGAAAAUGGGAGUCAAAUGAUGGUGGCGAAUUUCUACCCUCGAUGCCCUGAACCAGAGCUUACCUUGGGCAUACCCCCUCACUCUGAUUAUGGCUUCCUCACACUUCUUCUGCAAGACGAGGUAGAAGGCUUGCAAGUCCAAUACCAAGACAAAUGGGUCACAGUUCAACCCAUUCCCAAUGCCUUUGUUGUCAAUGUUGGUGAUCACUUAGAGAUAUAUAGCAAUGGAAAAUACAAGAGCGUGUUACAUAGAGUUGUAGUGAAUGAAGUUAAGAGUAGGAUGUCGGUGGCUUCGCUUCAUAGUCUUCCAUUUAACUGCACAGUGAAACCGUCGCCGAAACUCGUUGACGAAGCCAAUCCCAAGCGUUACAUGGACACAGAUUUUGCAAGCUUUCUUGCUUACGUAUCCUCGAGAGGACCAAAUAAAAAGGAUUUUCUGGAGUCUAGAAAAUUGCAUUGA